GAUAGAGGCUUCCACGCCGGCAUGGUCACACUGCCGCAGGCCACAUUUGAAUGCGACAAUCUGUUGUCUGCCGUAAACGAUCCCGCUGUUGUCACUGAAUUAAUAAAUGCUGAGCUAAUGAAAGGUUAUAUGAUUGGCCCCUUGUUAGUUUCUCCAUUCAGGUCUUGGAGGGUCAGUCCGGUAGGGGUGGUGACAGGCAAGUUCAAUGGGAAAAAGAGACUGAUAUUUGACUUGUCGGCUCCUCAUGGGUCACGUAUUCCCAGUAUCAACUCUCUCAUUCCAUCCGAGGAGUUUAGCAUGCAUUAUUCUUCCAUAGACCAGGCUAUUCAGGUCAUCUUGGCGCUCGGCCCAGGGACUUGGAUGGCGAAGGCGGAUAUCACUGACGCCUUCAAGUUGCUGCCAUUGCACAGGGACCAGUGGCAAUGGUUUGGGCUCAAAUGGCAAGGGGCAUAUUACUUUGCUUCCAAGUUGACGUUCGGAUGCAAGAGCAGCCCGUGGCUGUUUGACCAACUGGCCCAGGCAUUGCACUGGCUGCUGGUUAAUGUCUCUGGAUGCAGCCAGGUCAUCCAUUACUUGGAUGACUUUCUUCUGCUCAGUCGCCCGAGGGAAGAGCCGGACCAGUUGGUCAGAUUGCUGAAACUGUUCACUGAUAUUGGGGUGCCAGUGUCUCCCAAGAAAACGGUCGGUCCAACUAAGUGUCUCACCUUUCUGGGAGUAAUCCUAGAUUCAGUCGCAAUGCAAGUCAGCUUGCCCACUGACAAACUCAACCGUAUCAGAGACACUAUUCAUAAGUACACGGUCUCCCAGGUCACGACCAAGGGCGAGUUGCAGAGCUUGCUGGGAAUGCUGGCAUUUGCUAUGCGAGCAAUCCCGCAGGGUAGAGCGUUUGUAUCCAGAAUAUUGUCUUUGCUGCAUGGUGUCCCUCAUCAACACAGUAGGGUUUGGUUAGAUUGCCAAGCCCUGGCUGACCUGAACAUGUGGGAUAGGUUCAUGGCACAAUGGAAUGGGACGGCCAUGUUUGUCCCGCCAGCCUCCGAGUUGUCCCCCAAGAUCUGCACCGAUGCGUCAUCUUCCAUCGGUUAUGGUGCAGUGUGGGGCAGCAGGUGGAUGGCGGGCCAAUGGUCCAAGCAGGUAAUGGCUCUGGCAGGCUUCAGCAGCACUUCGGCACUCUUUGAGGUUUUCCCCAUUGUAGCAGCUGCAGUGACAUGGGGCGACAAAUGGUCAGGGCAGACGGUGGAGUUUCAGUGUGACAAUCAGGCGACAGUUGCCAUAGUCAACAAGGGCAGUUCCGGGCAUGCUACUGUCAUGUCAUUCAUGCGCAGACUAGUCUGGGUAUCCUUACAAUACAACUUCAAUUUUGUAGCCAGACACAUACCGGGGGUAGACAACACGGCCGCAGAUGCUCUGUCCAGGGCUAAUUUCCAUCUCUUUUCACAGGUGGCUCCGCAAGCAGACGCAGUAGGAACACAACCCCCUUACCUGGCACAAUUAAUCUUGGACUGAACCAUUACA